AAGCUUUCUUGGUGUCGCGUCGGCGGCUCUCGGGGGGUUUGCCCGCGCCGCGGUACUGCUUCUGUUUACGCGCGUCGAUGAGGCUCCGGGGUUGAGAGGAUGUGUUGCCCAUAGGUGUAGGCUGAGCUCGCGCCGCGCCGCGGCCUUCAUCCGGCGGCCUCUUACGCCAUCGACGCAUCAAACCUCUCUUCGCGUGCCGGAUGAAACAGAAGAGUGACCCCAAAGGGCGACAGCGAGGCCAAAUUCGAGCCUCAUCCCACCCGUGGGUGGGCCGCGGGACCCCGUCUGGUCUGAUCAAGCCAUUUGAGCUCGACCGUCGUAAGCAGAGCGAGGACUCAAGUAUAGAACCUGCAGGUCCAUCACGAAGCAAGAGUCCCAUCAAAAAGUCAAGAGACGGGACCGCGGUCGCCGCCGGCGCGCCCGCGAACACAGCCGAGCUUCCCGCAGCUUGUUCGCGGGCGUCAGGCAGCUCCCGUGGCCCCAUACGCGGUCUCUGCGAAAGGGAGACGUGUGAACCCGCACGAUGCCGAAGCGCGUGUCCUCUCCUCGAUGCGCGAUAGCGGCUCGUGCCGGCCCUAAACGCAAGCUAUCAAGACCCGCAGCGACCCCCAGGGACCCCCCCUACGGCGGACGGCCGUCACACCUUGACAGUUCUGUGUUUGGAGUCAGAUUGAGAUUCCGCUUGCAGCAGUGAGACAGCAACCAUGUGCCGGCCGCCGGCCGAAGCCGAGCUCAUGCCGGACCCGUCCGACGCCCCGGCGCUCCCCACGGAGGCGGCGCGGCUCGCGACGAAGAAACCGGACUACUACUCCAGCCUCCCCGCCGUGACGAUAGGACGACGACGGCGCGAGGCGAUCGCCUGCGACCUCGCGCGCCUGUCGGCCAUGGCCGUCGGCGGCCACUGCUUCAAGAACGCGUUGGCGUCGCUGCAACCCUUACUGCAGCUCGGCGCGGCGCGCUACGGCGCGCUCAUGGCCGCGAUCGGCGCGCCGGGCGCGACCGUGACCCCCUUACUGGGGGGCCUCGCCUUCGACGCGCACCCGCGGCGGGCGGCCAUCGUGUUUGCCUCCGUCGCUUUAUUAGGCGGCGCCAUCUGCGCGGGUGGGCUCGUGCAGGGCUCGCCGGCGGCGGUGCUGGCGGGCGGCGUCGUGCUCGGCGUCGGGCACGGGUGUUUAGUUGUUGCGUCGCGGGCGAUUGCUUCCGAAAGGAAGGAGGACCAGGCCUACGCGCAGGGCGUGCUCGCCGCGUUCGCGAACCUCGGCGCGUGGGCGGGCCGCGCGGCGGCGGCGCCCUUGGCCGUUAAAACGGGCACAGUGGCAACACCGCUCGCCGCGGCGUUAGCGGUGCAGACGCUGUCGCUGGGGGCGGCCGCGACGGCCUCGUCCGUGCGACGGGCGCGACGGCGGCCCGCCGACUGCCCGUUCUUCGCGUCGCAGCGGUACUGGCUGGUGGCCGGCGCGCACGCCUGCGUCUUCGGGAGUUUCAAGGUCUUCGAGCAGUUCUCGUCGGCCAUCUUCGUGCAGCGGUUUAGUUACGACGUGCGCACGGCGGGUCUGAUGGCCUCAAGCGUACCUUUGUUAAGCGCGGUGCUCGCGCCCUACGCCGGUAAAUUGGCGGACCGCGCGUCGAUGGCCCAGCGCAACGCCUGCACAGCACUCAUGCUGGGCAUAGCGGCGCUCGCCGUCUUGGCCCUCUGCGCGGACGUGUCGCGGAUCCAACUCCUGGGCUGCGUGGGCUGCGUCGCUUUAGGUCAUGCGGUCCUGCCCACGUUACUGCUGGCGCGGCUGCGCGCUACUUUAUGCAGCGCGUCGUCCGUCGGCGUGGCCUUUGGGGCUUGUGAAGCUUUGGCGGCGGCCGCGCACGUCCUCGCGAAUCUAGCCUUCGCCUACUUCCACGGGCGGCGUGUUUAUGCCGGCGCCAUGGGGCUCCUCGCCGCGCUACUGGCGCUGGGAUUUGGGCUGUUUGUCCGGUCCGCGGCGCUCGGGCCCGCGCCGCCUCGACGGUCUCGUACCGUCGACUCGCCCGUGUCGCCGACGUCCAUGCCUGUCUCUUUUGUUUAAUAUUAUUCUCCGA